AAAAUUCGUAUUUCCGUAAAUGACGAACGAAUGCGGAAGUGCCGCUCAAGAAGAAUUGCGUCUCUAUUUCUAUUUUUAUCUAUUAAUGUUGGCCGUUACGUCAUUGGUUGGGCGUUUGACAGUUAUAUUUUAUGUAGUUAUUUUGCCUUUGGAUUGAUUACACCCAUUGGAUUUAAAAUGGCACUAUAGGGUAUACAGUAACUCAACACAUACGCUGACUAUGGUGUACGUAGCUAACGAUAAGACUGGAAGUUAUUGUUAUUGUUAUCGUUGGAGCAAGGAAAAUCACAUUUGCACAUCACGGAUCAGAUCAUCAAGAUGGAAAAUGGCACCGCGGCUAAUAAAGCAGAAGGGUUCCUUUCCAGAAUGGCCCUCAACGACAACAAAGCUGGUAUGGAGGGUCUCGACAGAGACAAAAUCAACAAGAUUAUCAUGGAGUCAUCGAAGGGAUCCAAGUUUUAUGAGAACGAGCUCAAGAGAGAGCAUCAGGUGAACCAGCGCAUUGAGAAAAUGAUGCUGCAAAAAGCACACAUCACAGACCAGCAGUUAAAGAAAGCCCAAGUUCAGGUUGAGAGGAUGGCCUCUGAACUGGAGAGGAGUCGUGAUCUAAGCCGCGUGAUCGUGCACGUGGACAUGGACGCGUUCUAUGCUGCGGUGGAGAUGAGAGACUGUCCCGACCUCAAGGACAAGCCCAUGGCUGUCGGAUCCAUGAGCAUGUUGUCCACAUCCAACUACCACGCCAGGAAAUACGGCGUUCGGGCAGCCAUGCCAGGAUUUAUCGGCAAAAAACUUUGUCCCCACUUAGUCAUCGUUCCAUGCAACUUUGAUAAAUACAAAUCAGUGAGCAAUGAGAUCAGGGAGAUAUUUGCAGACUAUGAUCCUCAGUUCCAGCCUGUGAGUCUGGACGAAGCCUAUCUGGACUUUACGGAACACCUGGAACUAAGGAAGAGCUGGCCAGAGGCCUCACGAACGCAUCGCUACAGAUCCACCAGCACGAAUACAGGUGUCGAGCAGUCUGAGCACCAAGAGGAAUCAGAGGUGAAAGGGUUCUCCCCUGUGCUGUUCGAGGACAGCCCGAGUUCCAGUUCUGAAGCCGCCGCAAGUGGGAAAGCCUCCGAGGUUUUUGGUACCUGUGUCGAAGAGGCUGUGAGGGAAAUGCGCUUCCGCAUUGAGCAGAAGACCACGUUGACUGCCAGUGCAGGCAUUGCUCCAAAUAUGAUGCUGGCCAAGGUAUGCAGUGACAAGAACAAGCCCAACGGACAGUACAGACUUGCAUCCACCAGAGAGGCUGUCAUGGACUUCAUCCAGGACCUCCCAGUUCGCAAAGUUUCGGGCAUCGGGAAGGUGAGCGAGAAGAUGCUGAAAGCUCUGGACAUCAGCAGCUGUGCUCAUCUGGGCCAGCAGAUGGCGAUGUUGUCAUUGUUGUUCUCGGAGACAGCCUGGCAUCACUUCAUGCAGGUUUCCCUGGGUCUGGGCUCCACGUACAUUGUAAGGAACGAAGGAAGGAAAAGUAUGAGCACAGAGAGAACAUUUAAAGAACUCAGCAGGCCUGAAGAGCAGCUGUAUGUAUGCAGAGAACUUUGUGAAGACUUAGCACAAGACUUGAAGAAAGAAGAUCUCAAGGGUAAAAACAUCACACUGAAGCUGAAGAAUGUCAACUUUGAGGUGAAAACCAGGGCAUUGACGCUACCCUGCGCCGUCGCCACCGCCGAUGAGAUCUUUGCUGCGGCCAAAGACCUUCUUAAAACGGAAACAGAGAACGAAAGUCCUCAGCCACUCAGACUGAGGCUCAUGGGUGUUCGCAUCUCUGCCUUUGUGGACCCGAAUGAUAAAAAGCCCCUGCAGAAGAGCAUCGUUGGUUUCCUCCAAUCAGACAAGGCAGACCAAGGCCAAGGCUCCACCCAGGAAGUUUGUCACCAGUUUGAUGGGAGUCAUCUCCCUUCCCGUCCUUCCACAGAACAGACACGUCCGACUAAAGAGGUUCCUUGGGAGAUAAAGAAAAAGGAAUUGCUGGAUGACCCACCCGCUGAUAGACCUCAGCUGUCUUUCUUUCAAAAAGCUUACGCCAAGCGACUGCAGCUCCAAGAGCGACCAAAUAAGGAGACGGCAUCUGUAGUUCCACUCAGGGAUGAUGAUGAUGAUGAUGAUGAACAAAGAGGGGCGGAGUCACCAACCAAGGGCGCGGGGCCAAAACGUGCUCCAUCACAUCUUUUGGAAAGUGAUGGCGUUCGCUUCUCAGAACCUCAAGCGUCAACAUCAAGCGCAGCGUUAAACUGCCUCACCUGUCCCGUGUGUUUCAACCGGGUCAGCACCGAUGAUUUGAAUGUUUUCAACGGCCAUAUCGACCAGUGCCUGAGUAAAGGAGAGCUCCAUAUUUUGGAGUUAAAGUCAGAUUUCAUCAAGGACUAUAAAGACAGUGAGGCGCAGAACGACCAAGUAAAUAAUAAAGGAGAGAGAAACAAACACAAGUUGGCAAAUGAUGGACAUCACACGGCACAAUUGAUCAACGGUGACGAGGGAACGCUGACCUCGCAUCAGCCUCGGGCGCGCCACAACGAAGGUACCGUCCUCGUCUGCCCGGUGUGUCAGCUGACCCAGGACACAAAUGACCUCGCCGUCUUCAAUCGCCACGUUGACCUCUGCCUGAACCGGGAAGUGCUGCACGAGAUGGGAACAUCACCCCUUGUUGUCGAGGUGGCAAAGAGCAAUGAUGUAACAGACAGAGGCGUUCCCCCUCCGAGGCAAACCGGUAGAGGUAAAAGCAAAAGAAGAGACUGUCCUUUAUAUGGACCCUCUAAAAAGGCGAAAGGUCUUGGGCCGCACAACACCAUCGACAAGUUCUUCAGGUGACGGCGCGUCGUUGCCGACGGCGAUUUGGAAUGGAAGGUGAAGUUGGAGGAGCUCAAACAGAAUAUUUGCACUCAAAUGCACAUUCAGGUGAAAUUGUUGAUGUAUGAAACCAUUUUUGUUGACUUGUAGUCACAAAAGAAUCAAGGCAAGGAAUAUAUUAUUUAAUAACCAUGUUUAAAGUCAGUGCUAAUAUAAAUUUAUUGCUGAAAAUGCAUUUUACUAUUGCAUUGAUAAUGGUAAUAUUUAUUACAUGCUGAGUAUUUUUAGUAUUUAAUGUUUUUGAGAAUGAUUGAAUGAUUAAGAUGUAUCAGUGCAGUUGCAAUA